UAAAUAAAAUAUUUAAAAAAAUCAAUUGCAAUGAAGUUGAAAACUCAUAUUUGUAAGAAAUCGAGCACUUAUGAAAAUCGUGAAUUUGCUUUCACUCCCACGUCGAGUGCAAGCAAAGAAAAACCUCUUGAUAAACCGCAAAAAAACGAUAAUGAAAAGCUAUGGCAAAAUUUACCUUUAAGUUGUGUGGAUUGGAGUAGUAACGAUGAAAUAUAUUUUGUAAGUGAUGAUCAUCAAAUAUAUAAAUGGAGCUGUCAAACUCGCGAGUCGGUGGAGGUGGCCAAACUGCCAGACGAUUUCAUACCCACUGAUUUGCAUUGGCUGUUGUUAGGCGGACGGGGUAGCGGUGGUGGCAAGGGUAGCGAUACUUUGCUUAUUUGCAGUAAUGAUGGACGUUUUGUCAUAUUGAAUAAGAGUGGUCGAGUGGAAAGAAGCAUAACGGCUCAUGCAGCGGCUAUAAGUACAGGUCGCUGGAGUCCCGACGGAGCAGGCUUGCUAACAGCUGGGGAAGAUGGCAUUAUUAAAAUUUGGUCACGUUCAGGAAUGUUACGUUCCACAGUAGUCCAAAAUGAUGAACCUAUACGAUGCGCUUGUUGGUCACCCAAUUCAAACUCGAUUGCGUUUAGUCAAUGCCUGCACAUUUCUAUAAAACCUUUAGCAGCCAAUAGCAAACUCUUAAAAUGGCGCGCUCAUGAAGGCAUGAUUUUGUCAUUGAGCUGGUCAGCUCAAUCGCCAAUAAUAGCUUCCGGUGGUGAGGAUUUUCGCUUUAAAAUCUGGGAUACGCAGGGAUCUAAUCUAUUUACGAGUUCGAUAGAAGAGAAUGCCAUCACUUCGAUUGCUUUUAAUCCUGAAAAGGAUCUCCUGCUUGUCGGAUCUUUCAAUAUGCUAAAGCUUUGUUCAAACGCGGGUUGGUCCUAUAGCACAAAUCGUUUUAAUCAACCUAUUGUGGGUUCAUUUCUUUCACUCUCUUGGUCUGCUGAUGGUACUCAAGUAUGUUGUGGUACCUCAAAUGGUCAGCUAAUUGUAGGUCAUAUAGUUCAAAAGCAGCUGAUUGUGCGUAAUUUAAAAGCCACUACUGCAGGCCGCAAAGCGUUACUCUUGGAAGACAUCACUAAUGGCAGUAGCGAUGUCUUGGACUUCAGCGAACGGAUCAUAAAUUUUGCUUUAGGUUACGGUCAUUUGAUUGUAGCGACUUCGAAUCAAAUCCACAUUUAUAAUGAAAAGUAUAUAAAUACUCCGAUAAUCGUGGAUGGUCGUACCGAUACUCGGGCUAUAGAAGUGGGUAAAAAAUUUUUUAUGGUCUUGGAUUCAACUUCCAUUUGGAUUUAUACUUACACUGGACGUUUGCAUGUAAAUCCCCGUUAUCCGGGCUCUCAGGCUCAAAUAUCGACGCUGAACUGGCGUAAUUUGAGUUUGGGUUUAGAUACAUUAGUGGUACGUGACAAUGCCGACAAUAAAGCUUUGCAUAUUUUUGAUCUUAUACCUGGAGCAACGAGACAAUAUGAGCCCUUUACCUUAAAAGCUAAAACACCAAUAUCCGAAAUUGCUGCUUGCCGGGCUGGCAGCGUUGAUGAUCAGUUCGUUGUAUUGAUUGACAAUAAUCGCGAACUAUACAUAACUGAGACACGUAAUCUGAAUAGUAGUAAUGAACGCUCUGCUCUCAUGGGAUCAGCUAAUGAUAACAUUAAUGGAGAAAUUUAUAAAAUUGGCACCCAAGUUACGACAGUAAAAUGGGCCAGUGAAUCAAAUAUAUUGGUAGGUGUUCAUGAUGCUUGUUAUAGUGUCUGGUAUUGUCCAGGAGAGGGUUCUGCUGAUCCCACCAUAAUAGCAUUGACUACUGUGACUAUAGACACUACAGAGUUUGGUAAACAUAUUACUAUUGAGUCUUUUGAAGACGCCGUAGUAACUUUUAGAUGUUCGGGAGCUCUGCUUGCCGUUAAUGUCAAUAUAUAUUGCGAAAUUUUACAUCGAUGUUUAAUGGAAGGUCAGUGGCAACAGGCUUUACGUAUUUGUCGCUCAGCUCAGAAUGCCUAUCUGUGGGGCACUUUGGCUGCUACAGCCACACGAAAGAAUCAAUUGCAGAUCAGCGAAGAAGCUUAUGCAGCAGCUCUGCAAGUUGACAAAGUCACAUAUUUACAAUACAUUAAGACUUUGGAUCCCUCUAGCCCUGACUACAUGGCUGAGAAUUCUCUAAUGCUGGGGCGUCUGCUUGAAGCCGAGACAAUAUUAAUCCAUAACGGAAAAUACCGUGAAGCAGUCUCUCUUUGCUUGCGUAUGCAUAAUUGGCGCAAAGCAUUGGAAAUAUCGCAGAAAUAUGAUACGACACUUCUGCACACAGUUCUCGAUCAAAGGAAUAAAUAUUUAAAAGCUUUAAGCAGGGACGAAUGGGACAAACAGUUUUUAAAUUUAAUGACAAAUGAAAUCGAAACGAUAUGAACUGUGAAUAGAAGAGUGAGCAUAUAGUUCUUCGGUGCUCAAUAAACUUUAUAAAUCUUCAUGGUAGUUAAAUAAUAAUUUUUUGUUCAAUAUUAAAGAACCAAGUGAGCGCAACAAAAGGAGCAGAGAGUGAGCAGAGUGAAAGUGGCCUUUCUGAUCUCACUCAUUAUAUAUUAAAAGACUCGAUUAUGUUCUUGAAUUGAUCUAACAUAACUUCGCUAAUUUAUACUUCUUCAUAAUGUUAUAACAAUAAAUUAUAAAAUUUAAAUUUAUUUUCAUUUGGCAAUGCCUUCAUUUUAAUAUUAACAGC